GGGCGGAAGAUAAUGGGUAAGGAAGUCAAAGUGAAUUGGGCAACAACCCCCAGCAGUCAAAAGAAAGACACAAGCAGUAGUACCGUUGUCAGCACACAGCGUUCACAAGGUAAUUGUAUCUUCUUAAACAUAAAAUGAAAUCUCUUGAAAGGGUAUUCACUAACCACCUGAAGUUUUUAUGUUUGAUAUUGUGGUGGGAGGUGGGAGGGAGGAGGUAGUAUUUCUAUUUGUCUCUUUGGCAAUAUUUUUCCCCCUUCUUCCCAGUGUUGACCAAGUGUGGCUUGUCCACUAUUUUGUUGCUAGUUCAAGCUCUCUGUCCCCCUUGAUAGCAGCUGGUGUCUUAGAAAUACUUUCACCAUCUAAAGGGCAAGAUACCCUACUUCCCUGAGGUCACCUGGGCUUCAUACCCACAUCUUCCAAGGCUCGAGUUGCUCCUGAAACAGUGUUUUCCGAAGAGCAACCCAAUAUGUUGCUUAAGGCCUGCCACAUAGGGGUAACUUUUCUUUCCAAAUGUACUUUGUCAAAUUUGGUGUGUGUGUGUGUGUGUGUGUGUGUGUGUGUGUGUGUGUGUGUCUGUUUUUAAGUAGUCAUCGAAACAUUUUGCAUUUCUUAAAUGUUUCUUUUUUUUGAGAAUUGUCUUUUAAAAAAAAAACUUCACAUAUGGGAUGAUAUUUUUCUCCAAUGCUUUUUUUAAUGGUUCUGAUAUAAAGUGAAGGGAUUACUGUUUUCAUUCUGUUGCCUUCAGUCUUAGUUCACUUGCACAUGGAUUCACAUAAACUGAAUGGUGUAAUGUCUGGGCAACCAAAACUGUUGGCUUUUGAGAAAACUGUCAAAUACUUUAACAUCAAACUGUUGCAAUGCAAGAUCAUUUCCAUGUGUUUGUUGGUGAUCUCAGUCCAGAAAUUACAACUGAAGAUAUAAAAGCAGCUUUUGCACCGUUUGGAAGAAUAUCAGAUGCCCGAGUGGUUAAAGACAUGGCAACAGGAAAGUCUAAGGGAUAUGGCUUUGUCUCCUUUUUCAAUAAAUGGGAUGCCGAAAACGCCAUUCAACAGAUGGGUGGCCAGUGGCUUGGUGGAAGACAAAUCAGAACUAACUGGGCAACCAGAAAACCUCCAGCUCCAAAGAAUACAUAUGAGUCAAAUACAAAACAGCUAUCAUAUGAUGAGGUUGUCAGUCAAUCUAGUCCAAACAACUGUACUGUGUACUGUGGAGGUGUUACUUCUGGAUUAACAGAACAGCUAAUGCGUCAGACUUUCUCACCAUUUGGACAAAUAAUGGAAAUUCGAGUCUUUCCAGAUAAAGGAUAUUCAUUUGUUCGGUUCAAUUCCCAUGAAAGUGCAGCACAUGCAAUUGUUUCUGUUAAUGGUACUACCAUUGAAGGUCAUGUUGUGAAAUGCUAUUGGGGCAAAGAAACUCUUGAUAUGAUUAAUCCUGUGCAACAGCAGAAUCAAAUUGGAUAUCCACAAGCUUAUGGCCAGUGGGGACAGUGGUAUGGAAAUGCACAACAGAUUGGCCAGUACAUGCCUAAUGGUUGGCAAGUACCUGCAUAUGGAAUGUAUGGCCAGCCAUGGAACCAGCAAGGCUUUAAUCAGACACCAUCUUCUGCACCUUGGAUGGGACCAAAUUAUGGAGUGCAGCCACCUCAAGGACAGAAUGGCAGCAUGUUGCCUAGUCAGCCUGCGGGAUACCGAGUAGCCGGGUAUGAAACCCAGUGAAAAAGGACUUCAGAACCUAAAGCCAGUGGCUUGAGGCUACAGAAAGUAUAGUAAAGCCAGUUGUUUACUUAAAGAUUUAUCAAAUCAGUCAGUGCAAAUGUCAGAUACAAUGUAUUUAUUUUAAAAAUUCAUUUUUUAAUCAUGAAAUUACUUAUCAUCCACACUGUUUAAAAAGAAACAAGAUGCUGGAUGUCUGCCAAUUUUUGCCUUCAUUAACUUUUCUGAUAAAGUUUUUCAGAUCCUUGUUUCAAGUAGAAAUGCAGGGAUUGCUGCCACUUUUUAAAAAUUAAGAGGCAGAAAAUUGCACAAUUUUGAACUUUUUUCCACUAAAGUAGUGUGCAGUUUUAGUUUGCAUUCCUGGUAUGAUUUAAAACAUAAUAUAAAAAUUUUAAAAAGAAAAAGAAAAACCAAACCUGUGCAAAGUCUAGAAGUUCUUUGUAAUCUUUAAGCUUGUGCACAAUUUUCUUGUAGGAUAAAAAACAAAUAGGCAUUGUUUCAGCUAUUCUAUCUUCUUUAUUAUCCUUUAGGUUUUUUAAAAAUAUAAAUUAUUAGUUUACAUCAUUUUUAUAUUCUACAUUUUUUCACAAGUUUGUCCUGCCUUAUUAAAGUUCUAUAAAAUACACAAAUGGAAAGGAAUGAUGCUUACUUAGAUUGAAACUUUUCUCAGAUGGAUUGAUAAUUGUAAUUCAUUUUGUGUUUUAUAUGAGAAGGUGCCUCAAGACUUCCCUGUCAGAUUUGUUUAAAGGACUUUUAUCUUCUAUGACAAACUUCGCUGUGUACCAGUAUGGAACUGUAAAAACAAAAACUUGUUAAUAAGGAAAAUCUCUGAAAUGUGAUGUUCUUAUGCCAUGUCAAUUUUAUGUGUCAACUUCUACAUUUACAUGUAUUAUUUCCUUAAUGUAAAAUGUUUUAGCAAGUUAAUAUUUUUGCACAGUUAGCAAAUUUUGUGUCAUUUUCUUCUUUAAGGCAUCAUUCAGAGUUGACAUGAGAUUUAGAAGGUUUUAAGUUGUGUGCAUGUGAAUAUCAAAUACAUACUUUGGUAGUCUUGGAAUACAAAGUCAUUUGCUCUUGUUUUUGAAGAAUUUUGAGAUACAAAGUCAUACGUAAAGGAAUAUAUUAAUUUGCUGUUUUCUAGUUAGAUUUACUUAAAAGAGUAAAUCAACUUAAUUUUAAUGUGUACAAAUGAUAGCUGUGAAACUGUAGAAUAUUCUUAUGUCAGGCUUGGAAUUCAUUGUGAACUCCAAAAUUAACCUGAAGGACCAGCCAGGCAAAGCUUUUUUUCUUUUUAAAUGUUCAGAGGCCAAAAGAUAAAAACAACUGCAACAAAAAACACACAAACCUUAAAAUCCUACCUCCUUAAAUAGUCUUCAAAGAAGCGAAUCCUCAGUGCAAUCAUUAUUUUGAUUUUUUUUUCACCUAUCUUGGAGUUUCCAACUUCGUUAUAUUGGAAUGGCUCCAGGCAUUAAGAAGUUGAAUCUUUGAUGGCAUUGUUCUCCUUUUGAAAUUUAUCGUACAUUUCAGUCUCUCAGAAGAGUUGUGGGAGUUUUGGUUUUGUUUUGUUUCAGAAAAGGUCACAAACCUCUUUCUCCUCCUCCUUGACUCACAGAGAGGAAAGAUCCCUUGUAUAUGUAUUUUAAUGGCUGGUUAGAGAGCUCCUAGCAUUUUAUUUAGGAACAAAAAAGAAAGGUCUGAGAAAUCUUAAAAGUUUCCUGGCCUGUGUCUUCCUGGUUGGAGCAAAUGACUCUAGGUUAGUCUCUAAACCAAUACAUCCCAGUACCCAAAGCCCAGGAAAGACAGCACUAAGCGUAAAAUUCUCUGGAGCUCAAUUCUAUGCAGUCAUACUGAUGUUUCAUAAGUCACUGUGUAUUUUUAAGUAUUGAUACAUUAAAAUUUGCUUUAUGAAAGAUGAGUAAUUUUUUAAAUAUUUAGAAACUUUGGAAAUGUUAUUUCCUUGGUAACUUCUACAGAUCAGGGCAUACAACCAUACAUAGCUUAAUUUAAAUACUAAAAAAUAAAUCAGGAAGCUACUUUUAGAUUCUUCUGGCUUAUGUUUCUUUUUUAAGGACUCAUUAUUUUCUCCUAUUAAAAAACAGUUUUUAUUUCCUGUGUAUCUCAUGGACUGCAGGACAAUUUAUUUGGACAUAAGUAAUUAAAUCUGAACAAAAGUAUGGUUUUCCUUUCAUUUUGGCUAUUUCAUGUAAUAUCAUUUUCUUUGGGCCCGAGUGCUAUCCCUGAGCUUUUGUGCUCAAGGCUAGUGUUCUACCAUUUGAGCCACAAUUCCCCUUCCAGCUCUUUUUGUAGUUUUUUGGAGGUGAGAGUCUCAUGGACUUUCCUGCCCG